GAAUCCGUGACCCAUGUUUCUGCAGGCCGGACUUGGAGCUUUGCGGGGCGUCUUUGGCUUUCGCAAGAUCUCCAAAAUGAGCUCGCACCACCUUCUGCCCGUGCCGCAGCUGCGCCGUCAAUUUCGCAGCAUUUUCGGACUGCCAGAGCUGGCGCUUUUAGCCGCCAUUCUUUCCUGCGCGCGAGGACAGCCGCCACUCUGCUUGGAGGAGUACAGUCAAAGGAACCCCCAGCACACGGCCUGCAAGUCGGUGCUCAACCUUACGGGACUUCCAGCUUACGGGGGACAGAAAGUGAACAAGAACGUCAUCCUGGGGCUCAUGAACUCCUUCCGCAGCAACGUAGCGCUCGGCAACUGCAAGGACUUUCCGAGCGCCUCCAACAUGUUGCAGUUGGAAUGGGACGAGGAACUGUUUAACCUAGCCUACGUGCACGCCAGUUACCUCCUCAACGUUUCGGGCUGGCCCUUCCACGACGACGUGGCGAACCGUUUCACGAGGAGGUUUGAAAAAACGGGCCAGAGCGUCACUCGGCUGCACAACGCGACGCACCGGUACGUGUCGUACUGGAACGGCGUGAUCAGGGAGUGGUUCUCGGAGCACGUCCGUUUGACGCCUUCGUCGGUGAGGUAUUACGAACCCCUGGCCUCUGCCGAAAACGUCACCCAGAUGUGGUGGGCCGAUACGCACUUCGUGGGCUGCAGCUACUCGACCAUGGUGUUCAGUGAGCCGAGCGCGUCGGGCGGGCCGGACCAAUACGUCUACGAGCACGCCUACGUCUGCAAUUUCGGACCGGCGGGCAACAAACCCGCGAGCCCGAUCUACUUGCAGGGCCCGCCGUGCAGCCGCUGUCCCAGAGGAACCAGAUGCGAGCCGACGUCGGGCCUCUGCUGGACCGAGCCGGACCCUCCGUGGCCACAAGUGCAGGGCGACGAGCUAAUACCGCUACUGUCAGUGGCGGCCGCUGCACUGGCUCCAGCAGCGGCGCUAGUUGGGGCCACUGCUGCGCUGCACAUUAUUUAAACCACCUGCGCAUCUUGUGCUGCCCUCUACGAUGAAAAAAUUCUGCGCGUCUCGCGCAUCACGGUUUGGCGACCA